AUGUCUGAGGGUGCUUAUCAACGCCUAUGGGAGUCCUCCCACGUGGCCCUGCAAGAGCUGCUGGAUCGCGAGCAGCCCCUGCUAGAACCUGUACCGGACCGGGACCGGCAGUCCUUCCAGCACAAGAUCUCUUCUCUUUACCUGCACUACCUGGGGCUGCUGCGCCGGUUCGACACUGUGUAUGACCAGAUGGUGCAGCCGCAGAAGCGGCGGCUGCUGCGGCGCCUGCUGGACGGCGUGGCGGGCCGCGUGCUGGAGCUCAAGGAGGAGCUGGUGCGCGCCGACCUGUCCGAGACGCACUGCCUGGACCGCGUACUGCAGGACCUCAAGUUCACCCCGGCAGACCUGGAAGUCCCCAUCCCCAAAUACUUCCAGCUGGAGCAGAACACUGCCAUGAAAGAGCGAGGGGUGAUUCUAGCUGAGAUCCUGUCCCGAAUACAGCCUGUGGUUUUGGAGGAGAACAUUCCAGUGAUGCAUCGGACAGAAGCCAUCAUCCUGGUGCAGUGCGCUGAGCGGGCCAGGCAAGGGCGCCUCAGGGCCACUUUCAUGCGAGAGAUUCGGAGAGAGGAAGAGCGGGACCGCAAAAGUCGAGAGGACGGACGGCACAAGUUCACACAGGACCAGUCAGCUGUCAUCAUACAGAAGAUGUGGAAGGGCUACAUGCAGAGGAGGCGCACCCGGCAGGACCGGCGCAAGGAGAUGGAAUUCAUUGGCAUGCUUCCCUCGCCCAAUCAGGAGGAGCACUUAAGCAUCCUGUCCAAGGCCUCCUCGGGGGGGGAUGUCCGGAGGCUCCGGCAGAUGGAGAAGGAGGAAGAGUUCCAGCAGGCCUUGGCGAAGGCCCACGAGACCCUCGCGGAGACAGAGGGGCCUGACAUAAAGGAGAAAAUGAAGGAGCAGAUUCGGCAAUGGUUUAUUGAGUGCCAUGCCCUUACAGGUCGGUUUCCUGAUUAUCCAGAUGAGGUUUCCGGUGGAUCCUACCUGAUCUUUGCAGACAAGACUCCAGAACAGGUGAGAAUGGAACUGGAGACACAGGACAAGGAGAGCAAAAAAAAGGAGCCAGAGAAGACGAAGAAAGAUGAGAUGGAGAAAAAAGAGAAGAAAGGGAAGGAGGACAAGGCCAGGAAGGGGGAAGUGGAAACCAUGUUGAAAGUGUCACCGUCCAAAUUUGUACCCAUGAUCAAUGCUGGACACGAGGAGUACAUAAGUCUGUGGAAGAACCGGAAGGAUGGCUUGUACCCCAACCAAAGUUUUGACUCUGAGACCCUCCGGGAGGAGAAGAGAAAGGAAGUGGAGCUGGAGAUCCGUAUACAGGUGGAUGAGCUGAUGCGCCAGGAGCUGAGGAACCUGCGUCUGGCUGUGGACAAGGAGGAAGAGAGGCCUAUGAAGGCUCCAAAGAAAAAGUCUGGGAAGAAAGUUGGGAAGAAGAAGAAAGAGAAAGAUCUGACCUCAGACAGGUCCCUGGAUUCACUGUAUGAAGAGCUUGUCAUUUUGGGCCUCAUCAAGAAGUGUGAGAAAGUGGCCUUAAAAGAUUAUAUUGGUGACUGCCUCUACCUUGGGUCCAUGCUGAACUUGGCGAAAAAGUUACCCAUGCCCUCCCUGUUUGACAUACGACAGAACAUAGCCCUCUACGCGGUCCUCCGGCUGGGAUCUCAGGACAUUCACUCCAUGGCCCCCCUCAUCCGGUCCCUCCUACUGGUGGGCCCCUCCGGCAUGGGGAAGAAGAUGCUGGUCAAGGCCGUGUGCACAGAAACUGGAGCCAACCUGUUUGACCUCUCGCCCAACAAUCUGCAGGGCAAAAGCACCACCAAGAACGGAAUCCAGAUGAUUGUGCAUAUGGUCUUCAAGGUGGCCCGGCUCCUGCAGCCCUCAGUAAUUUGGAUCGGAGAUGCUGAGAAGAAUUUCUAUAAGAAGGUCCCUAAAGAAGACAGGAAGUUGGACCCCAAGCGAAUAAAGAAAGACCUCACCAAGGCCGUGCGCCUGCUGGCCCCUGGCGACCGUGUGAUGCUGAUAGGGACAACCAGCAGGCCACAACUGGCCGACCUCAAGGGGCUAUGCCGGGUGUACGAGCGCAUCCUCUUCAUCCCACGGCCUGACUAUGCUUCUCGCUUUGUGCUCUGGAAGCGUAUGAUAGAGGCCCAGGGAGUCCGGGUGACCCAAAGCCUGGACAUCAGUGCCCUGGCCAAGGUGUCCGAUGGCUACACGCCCGCCAACAUUCUCCAAGCCAUCCAGUGGGUGCUGAAUGAGCGGCGGCUCCUGCAGCUGGCCAAGCGGCCCCUUGUGGCCUCAGAGUUCCUGGGCCACCUGGCGAAGAUGGACCCCGUGUACAAGGAGGAGGAGGAGACCCUGAAGGAAUGGUACUUCAAGACUCCACUGGGCAGGAAGAAUAUGAAACUCAACAAAGAGCAGAUGGAGGCUGAGGACGCCCGGGUGGCCAAGGAGAAGAAGAAAAGGAAGUGA